UUAAAGAUGGAAAUUUGAAGUCUUGAGAUAAAAAGGGGAACAUCCCGAAAGUUGGAUAGGAUAAUUAUUAUGAGCAGGGGAGAGCAGGGGAAAUGGGAUGGUCUUGGAAGUAGGAGAUCAUAAAACUUUAGGUUUUUUUUUUCUUUUUCUUUUUUGGGUAGUAUAGUAUAUAAAUAUUUAGGUUUGAUGUGGUUUAUGUUUUGUGGAUGGUGUUAUAUUGAGAGAAAUGAAGGAGACUCUAAGGUAUUUAGUUGGAAUAGCAGGGCCAAGUGGGUAUGGCUCUAAAGCUAGUGCAGAGAAAGUUACCGAAAGUUUUCAGUUUUCUUCUCCUUUCACUGCCAUUAUCACUGGGGCAACAUCGGGAAUUGGAGAAGAAACAGCAAGAGUAUUGGCAAAAAGAGGAGUGAGAAUAGUAAUGGCAGCAAGGGACAUGAAGAAGGCAGCAAAAGUGAAAGAGAGGAUCAAAAGAGAAAGUCCAGAGGCAGAAAUUUUAGUUUCAGAAAUAGACCUCAGCUCUCUUGCCUCUGUUAGGAGGUUCUGUGUGGAGUUUGCAGCUUUAGGGCUACCACUCAACAUUCUCAUAAACAAUGGUGGGGUUUUCUCUCCAAAUUUGGAGUAUUCUGAAGACAAAUUUGAAUUGACAUUUGCUACUAAUUAUUUGGGACAUUACCUUCUGACAGAACUGCUUUUAGACAAAUUGAUAGAAACAUCAAAGAGAACAGGCAUCCAAGGAAGAAUUAUAAACGUCUCUUCUGUUGUCCACUACUGGGUGAAGAGGGAAGAUCUCUGCUUCAUUCACUUGCUCAACCCAAACAAAUACAAUGGCACGCGUGCUUAUGCUCAGUCAAAACUGGCUUGCAUUUUACAUGCCAAGGAGGUGGCUAGAAAGUUGAAGGUUAUCUUCCUUCUUCACCUUCUACAUUUCCUACAUAGAAUUAACAAAACAGCCCACAUUCUGAGAUUCCAGCCAUUUUUACAGGAACAAGAUGCCAAUGUGACAAUUAAUGCAGUGCAUCCAGGAAUUGUAAAGACUGCAAUUAUCAGAGCACAUCGAGGAUUUAUCACAGAUUCUCUGUUUUUCAUGGCAUCAAAAUUACUAAAAUCGAUUCCUCAGGGUGCUGCUACAACAUGCUAUGUGGCUCUAAGCCCACAAACACAAAGAAAAACAGGAAAAUAUUUCGCAGAUUGCAACAAAACUAAGUGUUCAUCUCUAGCCAACGACGAGCUAACAGCACGAACGCUAUGGAUGCAAACUCGUGCCCUAAUUCUCAGAGAACUUGGUGAACCAGCUUGAACUAUUUAGAUAUGGUUUCUAUUUCAUCAUCCAAUAAAUUUUUAACUAAGAAAAUGAAUGGUAUAUAUAAAUCUAUGCACUUGUAAAUGAACGGAGAUCCUAGAGAGGUUCAUCGAAUAAGAUCUCGUAAUAAAAAUAGGCCCAUUUUCUUGAACUUUGUGUAUAAAGGAUAAUUUAUAAACCAUGACGGAAACAAUCUGAGAUUAACAAUGUGUUAUCAGAAAACCUCUAAUUGAUGAGAAAACAACAAAAUAAUCUUUCGUGGAUCAAAUCACAACCAAGGAAAUGGGGGAAAUUCAAAAAAAAAAAAAAAAAAAAA